GCAAAAAUGAAUGCGUGAGGCAGCGUCAGAAACUGCAGUACAGGCAGAUCAUCACUCGGAUCGUAGGGUGAUAGAACUGAGCGAGGAAUACGAAGAGAUGGCCGCAGAGAAGGUCCACAGAAAGGAAGAUAUGAGAGGUCCAUCAGCAGUCUAAUAACUGCGAGAAAGAAGCUGUACUUGAACGUGUUGGCGCAGUUACGAGAAUUCAUGUGAACAUGUUGAAGAGAAAGAAGCCUCAUAGGAAGCGUACCAAAGCAGAUUCGAGUGACCCAGUUGCCUACAAACAGCGCAGUAUUGUUGGCAGUAAAGUGCAACAUGGUUGGAAGGAGAAGUCUGGAGUGGUAACGCAGUGGAAGGGCACAGUGCUAGACCAGCUGCCAGUUAACCCCUCGCUCUUCUUGGUCAAGUAUGAUGAAUUCGACUGUGUUUAUGGGAUUGAACUUUUCAAAGAUGAAAGGGUUUCGGGUCUUGAAAUUCUACCGGAUAAAAGCGGUCGAACAAAAAUAAUGGAUGCUGACCUGGCAGAGCUCAUAGUGGGGAAAGCAGUCGAGCACAUGUUCGAGAAGGAUGAUGGAUCGAAGAAUGAGUGGAGAGGGAUGGUGUUGGCUCGUGCACCUGUCAUGACAACGUGGUAUUAUAUCACAUAUGAAAAGGACCCUGUACUGUAUAUGUACCAGCUAUUGGAGGACUACAAAGAGGGAGAUCUCCGUAUCCUGCCAGAUUCAGAGAACAAGCAAGUUUUGCCAACUGAGCCUGGUGAAGUGAUCGAGAGUCUUGUGGGGAAGCAGGUGGAGUACGUCACAGAGGACAGCACAAAGAGAACAGGAUUGGUGAUCCAUCAAGUGCAGGCUAAACCAUCCGUCUAUUUCAUCAAGUUCGAUGACGAUUUUCACAUUUAUGUGUAUGACUUGGUCAAAACUUCCUAGCUGCAUGCAACGCUUGCCAUUGCCUUCACUAAGAGAUUUUUACUGUGAACUGUGAACAGAUCACUGAAGAGAUUUGUGUUCUUUAUGUUAGCCCUCCAUGUGUUUAUUUUCAAGGACUUAUGAAAGGUGAAAUUUUACCCGUCUCCCUUUUGAUAUCCCCGGCAAUUGGACCACCAUUGUUUUGUCAUGCCUCCCAUAGUGAUCAUUGCGUGUAUGUGAUUGUGUGCGCGCGUGUGUGGGGUCAUCCCUCAGAGUGAGAUUGAUUCUCGCUCAUGGCAAGAAUCUGCAUAUGGAGAUUUUUAACAUGGGGAGGCUAUUGCGCUGCAUCUGCGGCACAGUGCUGGCUGACAGAGGCUUGUCGGUCUUACCGCCUGCCCAAGGAUUGACAGAGCGAUAAUCAACCCGUUUAGCUGUGAUGAGAACUCUCCUUCCAUGGCCAUCAAGUCCUGGAGUGGGACUUGAAACCGGGCCUACUGGCGCAGAGGUAAGGACAUCACCCAGUACACCACAAGACCACCUACAGAUUAAGACAACUUGCAUGAUUAUGACAGAGCUGCGAGUACUGGAAAUCUGAAACAAAAACAGAAAUUGCUGGAGAAACUCAGCAGGUCUGGCAGCAUCUGUGGAGAGUGAAACAGAAUUAACGUCUCUGGUCCAAUGACCCUUCUUCAGAACUCCGAAUUUUUCUGUUUUUGUUGUAUGAUUAUAAUGCUGACUGAAACCAAGGCAAGGUCUGUCACUGUAGAGUUCUUUGAUCCCAUCACACUGACACCUUCAUGCAGUUGGUUGUUCUGCACAGAGAUCUUUUUAACUGAGACAUCUCUUGACUGAAAAGUGAGUAAAUGUGACGACAGCCACAUUGGUCUUGCAGAAAGCACCUUCUCAGUGUCUGAGUCAGAGGAGACCUCUUACUGAAAGUGAUGCAAGUUAUUGAAGUGGCAGUGUUAGAAUUGCGGGAGGGAUGGUUGUGCCUGGACAAAACUUGAUUAAGUUAGGCGGCAGAUUCCUGCUUCAAAUGUUGAUUGAAAAGGUGCUGAAUUAUUUAACAGAUUCGUGUUUGGUUUUAAUGUGAGCUUACCCAAGGUUCGUCCUGUUUGUUUACUGAAUCAUGGAAAAUAAGCAGGUUUAAAGAAACGAUAAAGUAAAACACUUGGGAAAGGAAUUAUAUUAGGAUACUUUUUGGAAACUAUUUUGUGACAGUAUUUUCUGAUUUGCCUUGAACUCUGGUGUGACCCGCACUGCCAGUGGAUAGAGCAUGUAAAGCAUCCGCUUGUGGUGGCACACUUUUUCUGUGCCGCACCUGGACCGCACAUGAAGACGGCCUACUGUGUGUGUGUGUGUGUGUGUGUGUGUGUGUGUUUAUGUGUACGCGUGUGUGUGUGUAUAUACGUGUAUGUAUGUAAGUGUGUGUGUGUGUAUACGUGUGUAUCAUGUCUACCAUAUUCAGGCUAACAGAAAGAAUAUUGUCUCUUUGUUGUGCAACUUCUGCAAAACUCAUCAAAUAUCAAAUCUUGUUUUUAUUUUAUGUCUUCGGCUUUGUUUUACAAAAGUAAAGGCAAAUAACGAAGUAGAAUUUUGGACUUGAUGGCCUUAUUCCUUUCAAAGCAAAACUGGUCCAUAUAUUUCAGACCGAGCUAUGCGGUUCAUUGUAGAAGUGAAGUCUCUGACGUUCUUAUCUUUUCUGUCCUGUGUAUAAUUUAUUUGGAGAAGGAGAAAGGUCCAGCUCAAGAUUUCACGUGAAAAGGUGGGAGUGGUAACUCCAAGCCCUUGUCCCUCCAAACGAACUGCGGUUUUAAUAACUUAAUUGGAGCAGUGUCAUCGACCUAGACAGGUCCACAUUCUGACGUUACUUCACUCCCAGUCCUUUUUCCAUACAUCUACAGUGAUGUCUUUGGAUUUCAGUCAUGUUAAACUUUUAAAAUUUCUUUUGAACUACAAAAAGAAAACAUUGACGCUUGAUUUUUUUUUCCUUUUGUGUUGUCUGACUGAGGUAAAAGUGCUGAUCUAUACUGAGUCCGCCAAUUGCAGUAACUAUGCUGCUAAGAGUGUGAGAUGAGAACAUUGAGUAAGGAGGAUUAAUAAACAUACUAGCUUAUCCUUUAUAUUUUAUUGCUGCCAAUAUAUUGUUCAAUCGUGGUAAUAAUGCUGUUUUGUGUGGGUAACUAUGGAAAAUAGUUCUCUGUUCAUUUUCCCAGGACAAUUUUAUUUCAGUUCUGAUUUUUGAUCUCCUCGUUUUUAAAGCACUUCACAGUAACUCCUAGCACCACCUAGGAAUACCACUGACAGUACACAGUGCUGGGAAUGCAUAGAGACAGGAGACCUUUAUACAUAAAGGCCUGCCAAUGUUGCAUUUCCCUUUUCCUGGGUGCAGUUUUGGAAAAUGGCUGGUUUGGUUUGUUUUGUUGUUUGGAAUGCAAUCAGCUUGGGUUGAGUGAAUGAGAUGGAAAUGCGAUGGCAUUUCAUCAUCCAUAGACUUGCAGUAGGUUAAUGGCCUUCUAGUUUAUUCCCAGAUUAAGCCAUUUGGCAGAAAAGAGCAAAGGUUCGAGCUCAUCAGAAAACAACUGAUGGUGCAAAUAACUUCAGGCAUGGAGACCAUACUUUCCCGAUCAGUAUUUUUAAAUAGGCCCCAAUACUGGAUUGAAAGGAAGAUGAAAGUCUAAUAUGUGCACUUCGAUGAGAUUUCCUGUCUUGGAAGUUUGAGAGUCAUCACCAGUGCUGUUGGAUCCUUGUUGUUUCCCAGAUUUUGUCACUCUUCCAUUUUAUUGCAUUGCUGGACAUUUACAGCACUUGGAAUGCAAUAGCAACUUGAUAGUUAAACAAUCCCAGCAGUCAGCCUGUGACUGUAUCGGUGAUGUCAAACAUAAUCUCGCUCUCAAAGUUUGGCAGCUUUGUUGAGUUGUGCGCUGCUUAUGUAGAUGCCAAAAUGCUUUCAAGAUAUUUGUAUAUACUUAUAAAAGAUGCAAUGCAUACAAGAGAAAUGUUCUUCAUUCUUCAUUUGUAUAUGUAAACUGAGGUUUAUUUUGCUCUUUAAUGUUGGAGGUGGGAAGGCGCAUUACUUUAAUGGUGCUGUGUUCAUGGGGCAAGUGGUUGUUUUCCACGUGAGUAACUUACAAACUUGUUGUAGUCUAUUUAACAAGUUCAACUAAUUUGACACUACUCGGACUGAGCUACAUUUGCUGACAUCUUUGGGAAGACAGUAGUACUCUUUGAUUUACUUACAUUCCGGUUAAACAUGCAGCAGGCAGAAUAGCAGAUACAAUCCAACCCGUGUUAACUUGCAUCUCACCAGUACACUAGCUGUUGGCAUUCAUCGUGUUUUGGCCACCAGAUUAUUUGGCUUCCUGAGCAAAGCUUAAUUAGCUGAAUUUUCUUUGAUAUCUAGCAAUAAGGUUACACUGAAAUGUUAAGGAAGCCUACAGACUUCAGUAACACCUUUUCUAUCCAAUUGUUUCAUUUGUGUACUUUGCAACUUACUGUCUUAAAACAUAUUGAAUUGUUAGUAGUUAUGGCAUAACAUCCUUUUGAAUUUUUUAAUGAAUUAAAAAUAAAUUUUAACAUUUGUCAAAACAUAAAAGCAGAACUUGCUGCAAGGACUCUGUAGAUCUGGCAUCAUCUAUGGAGCAAGAAAGAACUUUUGUUUGAAGUCAGUGCCCUCUUCUCUUCAUUUGUUUUCCUAUGUGAGGAUCUUGAGUCUGAAAUUGAAAAGGUUUUCAUACAACUCUGUAACUAAGCAGGAGUGGGUCACUUGGCCCCUUGAGCCUAUUCCACCAUACAGUAAAAUCACGCCUCACCACCACAUUUCUGUCUACCAGCAAUUAAACUUUUUUGACUCCUUGUUCAUUUUGGAAAGCUAUCAGAGUCGCAGGCAGGAUUAAAGCCACCAUAUUUGGUCAUGGUUAGAUGCCAACCAGACAAUGUGAGGAAACAUUGUCUGAAUUUCAGAAGCUUUCUCCAUGGCACGUGUAGUCUGAUGUAAAAUACAUCUCCAUGUAAAAUACAUAUGUUUCUUCAGAAUUCAUCUACUCAAACCCAGAGGAGUUAUGGGCAAGGAACCUCAUCACUGUUGUCAAGAUUUUGGUAUCAUUGACAAGGUCAGCGUUUAUAGUUCAUACCUUGUCCCCUUGAGGAAGUGGUGGAUGAUGGUCUUCUCAAACCCAUUAUAGUCAAAUUGAUGAAGGUGUUUCCACAGUACUGGUAGAUUGGGACCUCCAGACCUCGUGACCUGUUGUUUUGGGUAGUGGAGCUUAGGGCUUACGAGCAGGAAUAUCCUUCCAUCCUUUAGAAUCUGUUAUGCCAUUCAAAAAAAUUACUGCUGAUUUAGUUCUGCUGUUAGUUCCACUUUUUUGUUCACUGCUCUCUUUCCUAAUCCCUGACUCCCUUCUCCAUCAAAAAUCUGUCUAAAGUAGCCCUGCAUGAAGAGAUUAGGGAACUCAGACUCCACUAUUUCCCAGGGAACAGAACUCUACAGACUGUAGUAAUAAUCCUCGGGCAAAAAGUCUUGUAUCUCCUGUAUGUGAUUGUGCUGAUUCUUAAACUGGGUGCUCUUGUUCUAGUCCCUCCCUCAGGUGCUAGACUCCUCUCAGAAUCUCCUUUGUACUUAAUGUUUGUGAGAUCGCCUUUCAAUUCUUCCAAGUUAUGGGUAAAGAUCCAACCUGGCCAGCUUUUCUUCAUAAGAUAAACCCUUUAUUCCCAGGAAAGAGUUGAAUUAACCUUUUUCUGUUCUGCUUCUAACAUAAUUGUAUUUUUUCAAGCGAGAAUCCAAAAUUGUACACAAUACUUUUAGAUGUGUUUUCAGAUCCUGUACAGCCACAGUAAAAUGCUUCUGCUUUCAGAUUCCACCCGCUUUCGAUAAACACUAACAUUCCAUUUGCCUUCCUAGUCACUCGAUGUACCUUUAUACAAACUUUUGUGAUUCUUAUGCCAGGACAGCCAGAUCCUUCUGUACCUCCAGGAACUGUAAACCUUGUCAAUUAAAUAAUCUACUUUUCUUGUCUUCCUGUCAAAGUGAAUGCACUCACAUUCUCCCCACAUUGUACUCCAUUUACCAGUACUCCAUUUAUUUGUUCACUCCUGUGGUCUGUCUAUCACUUUGCAGGCUUUCUCCCACCUCUUGACAACUUCCUCAGCAAUAUUGGUGUUAUCAAUAAAGUUUAACAUCCUUUCACUACACCCCCAGCUCAAAGGUUAUCAGCAUUGGUUGCACAUAGUUAAGGCACCAGCACUGAUCCCUGAGCAUUCUAUAAAGAAAACUGCUUCAUUUCUACUUUCUAUUUGUUAACUAAUUGUUAGCUUUAUUGAUGCGAAUAUGUUACUGUUGACACCAUGAGCUGUUAUUUUGCACAGCAGCCUUUGAUAUAGCAUAUUAUCAAAUACCUUUAAAGGAAGUCAAAAGCACCGUAUCCCCUGGUUCUUUUACCCACAUUCUGUGGUUUCCUCCAAACACUCGUAAUAAAUUAGUUGAAUAGGAUAUUCCUUUCUCCAAGCCAUGUUAGCUCCGCCUGAUCACAUGACAAAUUUUCAAAUAUCCUACAAUAGCUCCCUUAAUAACAGAAGGAUGGAGUCACUGGGUGUUGCGCAUUCUUCCAUUGCAUCUCAUUGAGCAUGCUCACCACAGCUGAGGAACACCAAUUGUGUGGAUAUUUAGAAUAGUGGAUCAAGUGUCUAUCAAUGGGCUGCUUUACCCACAGUGGUAUUGAACAUAAUGACUGUUAUUGGUAGUUACAACAGUCUAGAUAGUUACAGCUGUCUAGAUAAACUUGACAGCAUUCAGCCCAAGUUCUUAACUUGCAAUCUGCAGGAUAACGAGAGGUGCUUUGGGGAAUUUGGAAGUCACUGUCGCUGUAGAAUAUUUAACUCCUGCAGCAGAUGCUGAUGUUUUUUGUUACUGGCCUAGUUUGAAUUUCCAAUCAAUGAUGACAAUCCACUAUGCUGACAGUUGGGAGAUCUACAGUAGUGUUUGUGCUUAUGUUUUCCCUUGUCUGAGAUGGUCUGCACCUCAUGCACUUGCAGUUCAAACAUGAAUCGAUCUUUCUCACCCAGGAUGAUGGCCACCCAUUGAAUUAUAUCCCACUUACACUUUACUCAUAAGCUUUAGGGACAAAUGCAUCUGAGUGAUUUUAAGUCACACUAGAAAUUUGCAAAUGGGUUUAAAAACAAAAGAAAAUUGUAUAGGCUAGACUUUUCAGUUAUUAGAAGUCUUUUUUGUCACAGUAACUCCGUCGUCUGCCACUUUAUGCUGCUACUGCUUGCUGUCUGCAUGUACUCUUCUAAAAUAUCACUAAACUCAUAGUGCAAACAACAGAAAUAAAGUCAACAUUAUGUCAUUAGAAUGUGAUUUUCCAAAGGAUUAUAAAUCUGGUACUGUCACUCCUUUCCUUAUCCAGCCUCCCCUCAAAGCUCCAUCUAAACUAAUCAUCUCAAUUAAUCCAUGUGGUAAUGAGUUACACACUGUCAACACAUUCUUCUAAAUUGCUCAUUUGAUUUUUGGCAAUUAUACUGGUGGCCUCCUACUUUUGCUCUUCUCCACCAGUGAAGACACUCCAUUUGGAGUUCAGGUCUCCUCAGUGAAGGAAGGUGGUAAAUACAGAAAAGGCAGAAGAAUCUAUUGCUCGCCUGGGAAUGCUGGGCAUUUUAUAAAUGUGUGUAUUCAAAGUUAUGAAGAAUCCAUCAAACCAAUGGGUGGAUUGAGUGUACAAGUAUCUGUGCAGAAUCAGAAGCAAAAGAUGGAACUUUAUUUCCAAGACCUUCUCUGUAGUGAGUAAUCAGGAUAGAAAGAGGAUUGGGAUGAUUUAUUGAGAUUGGUUGGUUAAUUCAGUCCAAUGGUACAUUGGCCAUGGUGUGAGCACAUCAAUUCAUGAGACCCUGUUGGGGAUAAGUAGUAAGGUGAAUUUGGUGUUUAUACCAAUGGGGAAAGAGUAGGGGGAUGAGUGUUCACAUGAAGUCUAGGCAUGUUGCAAGGCAUUGUCUUAUACCUGGAGCACGUAGCAUCGGAAAACUUGGAAAAAAUGCUGAUUAUGAAGAUUAAAAAGUCCACCUGUUGCUAUCUUUAGGAAAUAGUGUAAAUAUUUUUUAGUUUUAAGUGCAAGAAGGUUUCUUUGAUUUUAGAAAAAAUAUAUUAAAAAGAUUCCAACCAAAAUUGACCAUUUCUGUGAUCACAAGGCAUUGCUGUAUUGAUAGUACUGAAGCCAUUGAUUUAAAUUUCACUUGAGGAUCAGUUGAGCUCCAGUUUGCAGAUGUUUCUAUUACUCUAUUUGGAUUGGCAAUUUUAUGUGAAAAUAGUUGUGGCCUUCUGGAAUUUGUUUAAAGCUGUGGAGCCCUCACUGCUGUUGAGAGACAAUUUUCCCCCUUCUCUCCCCAUCUGUUACUGCAGCAACAGGAAGCCCUGUGCGUUUGACUAUUUUCUUUCCAUUUGUCGGGUUUUGAGAUUUUCAAGAAAAAUUAAAACCUCACUUAGCUCUUGCUUACGGCUUAAAAUGGCAGUGUGUUUUUGUGGUCACAGUCAGCAUUCAGCAUGGUCUAUGCAGUCAGGUUUGUUGUAUCAACAGUACAGUUGUGUCAUUGUUAAAAAUCAUUGAACUGCCCCCCCCACUUCUCUCCCAUGUAAGUGGGAAAAGGGAAUAAAAUACUCAAAUGAACCAAACUCUGGCUGUGUUCCCAAUUAAAGGGUUAGAUCAUAAAAAUGAAAGGCAAGUGUCUGGGAACAAGCAUAAAUGUUGCAAUGACUAAUAGUUGGCUGAUUGCUAAAGGCAUUGUAAAUGUUAUCACUUUAUUACUCUGAAUAUCAUUUGAGUUGUAUAUGUUCUCAUUGUUUAGGAACGUUCCCUAGUCCUUAAUGUUGUAGAAGACUUGAAACCUCCCAAAGUGGUUUAGUUCAUGCUAGCUGCUGGAAAUGUUGAAUGAACACAGCAUCCUGUUCAUUGCUCCACCAAUAGCUGAAAUGCCACUCUCUUUUUCAUUGUUUUGUUUUGGAUCAAAACAUUUCAAUUUGAUAUUUACAAUGAGGUUUUCACUUCGAAUGGGUGGAAUUGCAAAACGUUAUUUCCAAAACACCAGCAACAGUUUCUGAACCUUGCUGGAAACGGGGACUUGUUGUGGAAGCUUCUCAACUUGUAAUCAUCAGAGCAAAGGCAAGAAUACCGAAGUUCAAGUGCACUCAAUAACCUAUAUUAAAAAUGUGAAGAAUAAAUUGGGUUCUUUGGAAGUUUAGAAUUUUGUCUUUAUUCUAAUCACUGCAAGGUGAGGAGUUUCAGCAGCAUGUCUCUUCUCAGCAAUAUCCAAGGCCUGCACAUGACCAGGUGAUCUCCCUUGAAUCCUAUAUGAUAAACGUGCAAUUAUGAUUUAUCCAUGAACCAGAAUUUAAUGGCACGGUAUAAUCAUGGAGCUGGUACAACAAUUAGUCACAAUUUGGAUCCAUAUGUAACCUGCAUUUCCAUUUGGUCUCGCACUGUUUCACUGAGUAAACAGAUCGUGGUGAUACUGCAACAGCUCCAGCCAUGAAUCUUCUUUGUAUUUUCUUAUCUUCCAUCUUGCUGAGCAACACCCCAGGAAAUAUUCCACUGCACCAAGGAGCAAAUGGCUUCCAUGUCGAUCUCUUGUCAGGUGCUAACUGGGCUGAUGUGACAAAGCACCUGGACACUCUAAGCUGGGGUGGGAGAG